AGGACAUGACCAACUGACUACUUCAGAGGAAACAAAUGGUCAUCUAUGUCCUUCACGCUGGGAAGGCAACAGUACCUAAGAUAGAAAUUCAGGACCAACUAGCCAAAAUAUACAAGACCACACUGGAUAUCAUCUUUGCAUUUGGAUUUAGAACUAAUUUUGGUGGUGGCAAGACAAAUAGCUUUGGCAUGAUUUAUGAUUCCUUGGAUUAUGCAAAGAAAAAUGAGCCCAAACAUGGACUUGCAAGACAUGGCCUGUAUGAGAAGAAAAUGACCUCAAGAAAGCAAUUAAAGGAACGCAAGAACAGAAUGAAGGAAGUUAGGGGGACUGUAAAGGCCACGUUGGUGCUGGCAAAAGGUGGGCUGGAGAUUGGAUCACCGCCAAAGGAGUAAAGGGGUGGUAGUGAUGUUAUCUGCGGCCAUUGUGGAUUUUUUACAAGAAGAUUAAUAAACUAAAAACUCUCACAAGAAAAAAAGAUGCCCAGGAGAAUUCAAAAGGCACCAGCACCAGUUACUCUUCAUUGAUAGGACAGAGGUAAAAUUUUUGCUUUUA